UUGUUGCAAAGUCUGCAUUUGUUUAUAUUGCUGUCAGAUAAACAUUGGAAUAACAAAUCAAUACCAAAUAAAUAAGUUGCUGCUGUAAACGAUGGCCGCAAACUCAAACGUUUCUGUUGUUGAGUAUUUUUCUGAAAAUGAGCGUUACAGAUGUGGCUAUUGUGGAUGUGCAGAUACCAAUUAUUCACAUGGUAUGUGGGCACAUUCCAUGACAGUGCAAGAUUAUCAAGAUCUUUUGGACAGAGGAUGGAGAAGGAGUGGCAAGUACUGUUACAAACCAACCAUGAAGCAAACCUGCUGUCCUCUAUACACCAUUCGCUGUGAGGUGCUCAACUUCAAACUGCGCAAGUCACAAAAAAAGGUUUUAAAAAAGGUCAACAAGUACUUGAUUGAAGGCAUCAAGCCCACCAGUGACAAGGAUGAUGACAAUCCUCUGGGUGAUCAGGAUGACUUUGUUGAUGGUGAAAACCAGUCUGAACAAAAUCCGGGUACUCAGGCGGCAACUUUAGAUCAGGAACAUAUUGCCGAAGAUCUGAGUGGCUCAGAAAAAGAACAUAAAGUUCCGAGAAAAGGAACCGGUCCAGAUCCAACCAAACCACCCUGCAAAAAGGCCAAGGAACUCCGGCGUGAGAGGAAAUUGGCAAAAAUGGCAAAUAAAAUAGAUGGCACAUCCGCUUCCGAGACGGCCGCCGUCAGCAGCAUCAAAGGGAAGCAAGCAGGGAAGACACUUGAAGACUACAUAUCAGAGCCCAGUAAAGCAGCAAAAUGUGCUCACAAAUUAGAAAUCAAAUUAGUAAGGUCUGGCCCCCAAUCGAGCGAGUUUCAAUCAAGCUAUUCCUCAUCGUAUGAUGUGUACAAGCGCUAUCAAAUGGCCGUACAUGGCGAUGAUGAGAAGGAGUGUUCUAAACGAGCCUAUGACGGGUUUCUUGUUGAAACACCGCUGGAGGUAUUGCCAUGCUGUUUGUUGUAAUGUUUUUAUUAUUAGACUAACCCUAUUUUGGCUGCUGUCUGGGCAUUUGCUGCUGUCUGGGCAUUGGCUGCUGUCUGGGCAUUGGCUGCUGUCCGGGCAUUGGCUGCUGUGUGGGCAUUGGCUGCUGUCUUGGCAUUCGCUGCUGUUUGGGCAUUGGCUGAAACUGUUAAAUGGAGCCUCAUUCUGCGAAAACUGGGCUUAAUGCUUUUGUGUUAUAUGUCUUUCAGCCUGAACUGGAUUUUCUUUAAGAACAGACAUUUUGUAAACAAAAUAUUCAAUGAACUGUUGAUGGACCCUUUAAAAACAUGCAUUUAGCCCAGUUUUCCCAUAACAAGGUUCAAUGUAUUUCUCUUUGUGUACUCAAAGUGUACCUUAACAAAAUGUCAGUCAGUUAAUGUGCUUUUUAAAACUGUCAACACAUCAAGCAUGUCUUUGUCCAUCUCACUGCAUCAUUAAUAUAUAUGGUAUUUGAUUUCAAAAUCUCCCCAUACUGCUCUU